AUGGUAGCACAAGUUCAAAAACAAGCCCCAGCUUUUAAGAAAACAGCGGUAGUCGACGGUAUCUUCGAAGAAAUCUCUUUGGAACAAUACAAAGGUAAAUAUGUUGUUCUCGCCUUUGUGCCAUUAGCCUUUUCAUUUGUCUGUCCAACUGAAAUUGUGGCAUUUUCCGAUGCUGCCAAGAAGUUCGAGGAGCAAGGUGCCCAAAUUCUAUUUGCCUCCACCGACUCGGAAUAUUCCUUACUGGCGUGGACCAACCUUGCUAGAAAGGACGGUGGCUUGGGUCCAGUCAAUGUUCCUUUAUUAGCCGACACCAAUCAUUCUUUGUCCAGAGACUAUGGUGUCCUAAUUGAAGAAGAAGGUAUUGCCUUGAGAGGUUUAUUCAUUAUCGAUCCAAAGGGUGCAAUUAGACACAUCACCAUCAAUGAUCUUUCCGUUGGCAGAAAUGUUGACGAAGCUUUGAGACUGGUUGAAGGUUUCCAGUGGACUGACAAGAACGGUACAGUCUUGCCAUGUAACUGGACUCCGGGCGCUGCCACCAUCAAACCCGACGUCAAAGAUUCUAAAGAGUAUUUUGAAAGCGCAAACAACUAA